AUGAAGUUCACGUUCACAGCUUUUGCACUUCAAAUCAUCACAUACAUCGAAGUAACCACCAGGCGGUUCACCAAUGGUGUAAUUCUAGGCUCUGUGCCAAGCAAUGCUCUCUGUUUGCCAGCCAAUCAGCAACUCGCGUUAUCGACAGUUCUGUCGACAGUUUAUCGACAGUUUUCUGCCUCAGGCCAAUCAGCAUCUCGGAUUGUCGACAGUUUAUCGACAGUUCUCUGCUUCAGGCCAAUCAGCAGCUUGGAUUGUCGACAGUUCUCUGUUUCUCAGGGCCAAUCAGCAGCUCGGAUUAUCUACAGUUUUUUGAACUACGGCGGCAACGAGAGUGUUUUCACUGAGCGUUGCAGCAGAGGGACGACCACUGGCACCAGCGGCGGCAGCGGGCUCAGCAGCGGCGGCGGAAGCGGUGGCAGUGGCAGUGCCAGCGUCAGCGACAGCGCCGGGCCCAGCAGCAGCGGCGGUGGAUCGUCCUCCGACAGCAGCAACUGUGGUGCCUACAGGCCAGGUGCCGACAGCAGCAGCAAGGGUGGCGGUGACACUGGCAGCAGCACCGGCUGUGGCAGCAUCGGUGCCUGUUCUGCCAGCGCCGUUACGGCUACUGGCGCCAUUACCGCCUGCCCCCUCAGCUGCUGUCCUGGCCGUGCCACCAACAGCUGCUGCAGCUGCAACAGGACCUUUUCGUGCUACACAGCCUCUCCUCUUGGACCUCUCACUGCCCCAACAGACUGUGAGGGUGCUCCCCAUCCCUAACCCCCCCCAACGCUCCCUCGGACAACGCCAGCCCCACACGUCCUCCCUCUGCCGCUGGCCGCCGCACAUCACGCCGGCCCUCAGGUGCCUGCACUGCAGCUGCUGGACAGGACAGCAAGGACAACAAGCAGUGCAGGCAGCACCUCCUGCUCAGCCUGUCUCUUCAUACAAAACUGAAUGGGCGAGGAGGAAGAGGGCUGAGCAGAGGGCAGCGGCACAGACAGGGACAGUCACCGACAGACACACCCGCUACGGUACAUUUUUGUUCUGCCGUGGCGGGUAAGAGUGUGGAGGCCUGGCUGAGGGAGAUGAAGGGGAGGGACCAGGGUCGAGCCCCAGACUGAUUUAGCACUCUUGCUUGGGCAGGUGUAUAUAGUUGUUUGCAGUGGGGACCACAAGGACCGGGACCUUGCCGCGGUGUGGAGGCUUUCAACAAACACCGGUCCAUCCACCCUGCCACAACUCUUCUACAGCACACUGACACUAUUUAAGAAAAAAAAUGCUGUGUGUGUUCCUCCCUGAUGUGCUGUUGUUGUUCUGCACCUGUGCUUUGACACCUCACACUGUCUAUGCUGUCACCUGUGCUUUGACACCUUGCACUGCCUUUGCUGUCACCUGUGCUGUGACACCUUACACUGCCUACUGCCUACUAUGUUGUUGUUGAUGUGCUGUGUACUGUACAAAAAGAACCUAAUUGUAUGCCAUGUGUAUUCCUCCCUGAUGUGCUGCUGUUCUAAACCAGGUUGUUGUUGCUCUGUACCUGUGCACCACCUGUGCUUUGACACCUUGCACUGCCUAUGAUGUUAUGGAUGUGCUGUGUAAAACAAAAAAAUAACUAAUUGUAUGUCUUGUGCGUUCCCCCCUGAUGUGCUGCUGUGGUUCUGCAAUUAUAUGUGCUGUUGUUGUUCUGUACCUGUGCUUUGACACCUUACACUGCCUAUGCUGUUGUUGAUGGAUGUGCUGUGAAAAAAAACAGAAUUGUAUGCCAUGUCUGUUCCUCCCUGACAGGUCGCUGUUCUAAACCAGGUUAUUGGUGUUCUUCACCUGUGCUUUGACACCUUACACUGCCUAUGCAGUCACCUGUGCAUUGACACCUUACACUGCCUAUGCUGUCACCUGUGCAUUGACACCUUACACUGCCUAUGCUGUCACCUGUGCUUUGACACCUUACACUGCCUAUGCUGUCACCUGUGCAUUGACACCUUACACUGCCUAUGCUGUCACCUGUGCUUUGAUACCUUACAUUGCCUAUGUUGUGAUUGAUGUGCUGUGUAAAAAAAAUAAUAGUAAUAAUUCUAUGUGAUGUGUGUUCCCCCUGAUAUGCUGUUGUUAUUCUGCACCUGUGCUUUGACACCUUACACUGCCCUGUGUUCUUAUUGAUGUGUGUGCUGUGUAAAACUGGCCAUGCACCCUUCCAGGGGCCAGUAGCAGAUCCAGAUCCAGCCGAGCCAGUGGCUGGGACCAGUUAUUUCCAGGCCCAAGCUGUUGUUUGACCCCUUUUUACUGAGGAUUCUAUUUCAUGGACCUUUAUUAUGCAUUAAUUCAGUCAUAUGACUUCAUAUUUCUAAUAAAUUGUG